AUGCAUGGAGGGACCUCGAAACUGGUGGUUGCGGUUGAUAUUGGGACCACAAGCACCGUCGUUUGCUGGAAAUGGUCGGACAGUAAUGACUCCUACGUUCUCAAAUUCCCUUCCGACGGUAACGCCAAGACCAACGAGGAAUUAGAGGCCGUUCUUGGAUGCUCGCAACAGAACUGGUACUACGGGGACGAUGCUCGGUAUCGGUCUGAGGUCGUUGUUUUUGAACACCCCAAAUUGGCGGCUAUGGGCCAACAGCCAUACACAAAGCUGCUUGAGGAGGCUCUACGUGGGGCUACGGAGCAACGUGGGCUGGCGGUGACCUUAGGGGACUUGUACGAGAAAAUUUUCUCGUACAUCUGGGAUACUCUCAAGGGACAAUUUCUCAAAACACCGGAACGCGACCGCUACUGCGGUGAUCGAAAUUUCGACGAAAUCCCCAAGCAUUGCCGGGUAACAUACCCGGUGCAGUACAAUGCAUGGCUCAGAAUGAUACUCGCCGAUGCGGCAAAGAAUGUGGGAUUUCACGAGGUAGAUGGAGUUCCGGAGCCUGUAGCAGCGGGCUAUUUUGUUAGAUCCGAAGCCACCCCCGUCUUGUCGGGCCUGAAAACUAUCUUGAUACUUGAUUGUGGCGGUGGAAGUACUGAUGCCGCGACGCUAUCCUUUGACGAUGAAGGACGAAUCAAGCUGGUCUGUCCUACGGAUGGGUUCAACGGCGGUAGCCAGAUGAUCAAUGACGCUGUGCGCGAUGCGCUGCAGGCACGGUUCCCAGAUAAUAACUACCUGAGGGACGACUCGCGGUGGGCGAAGCUCUCUCGCGAGAUUGAUGGACAAAAACGACGAUUUGAAGCCGAAAAGCCCGUCGAGAUCGACCUCUUACUCGAGCGCGUAUCGAUAGACAUUGCGGAAAUGAAAACAUUUUUCCACCCACUGGUCCAAAAUACCCUAGCACUAUUGCAGAAGCAAGCUACCAGUGCUUCCGAAAAAGGCUUCCCACCUACCAUCUUCGUCAUGACUGGCGGUCUGAGCCGAAAUAUCUGGGUUCGCGAGACGAUUUUCAGUGAGGCUCGAAGACUGAUACCUGGGAUUGAAUGUUCCUGUGAAAUCGCGGCGGAGACUGUUGCCAGAGGAGCUCUUUACUAUGCCCAAAACCCAGUCAAAGAGGAAACCGUGGCUAGGGUAGACCUGGGCCUGACUUACUUGGAGGAUCGCUCCCCACGUGGAAGACCACUUGGAGGGGACCGGGUGGAAGAAGCGAUCGCCUGGGUGAUCGUGCGGGGUCGAGCCGCAGGACCAGAGAGUCGCGUGGAACUUAUCAAAAUUGUCUAUCGGGAGAGCUUGGAGCCUGCGAAUAAUAUCAUUUCCUCCAAAGUUUUUACGACAAGUGAUCACUUCGAUCAAGACCGAAUCGAAGCGAACACAAGGAACGAACUGGAUUGUCCAAUCACAUAUCCGAUUCCGUCUAAUCAAUCGCAUUUGGACUACAAAGGUAUCAUUGAGGGUAGGAUUCCACACAAUGAGUUAUUUCCCCACGGAAGUAGCCACAAGAAAGUGGAAGCGCGAUUCAUCAUGUCUGUCAAACCCAAGGGCCAGCUUCUUGAAGCCGUAGUCUAUCUCAAGCGUGACAGCAACCCUCCGUUGGAAAUUGGAACGAAGCUUGUGAGCGCAGCCAGCUGGGUUCCUAGAUCAGAAUUCGACGUCGAAACGGAACGCUACGAUGGGCAUCGAAUGUUACCCAUUUCUAGCCAAGAGCCAGGAACAGGGGGCGUGAAGCGAACACGGAAAAAAAAGAUUUCGCUGGGUAGAAAAAAUUACUAUGAUUCUCCUGUACCGCGACAAGGAAAGUCAAACUUUUCAGCGGCAACUGGACCUGGUCGAGAAAGUAUCCAUCCGUCUCCCACUGAGGAGAUGCCACUGCCUCGUCCUUCCGCUGUUUUGUUCCGAAGACAUCUGCCCUCAAGAGGGCGUAAACGUUCAUUAUCUCUUUAA